AUGUUUAGUGCAACAACGUUUGUGAAGGAAGAAACGGUUAGACUCUCUGGAUAUGAAACAGAAAUGCGGUGCCUACUCGAUGAGAGAUCCAUCAUUCUAAACAUGCUGCGUAACAUUGAUCGCGACAUCUCUACGCUGGGAACGAUAAUGCGUCAAGCUUGGUCGGAUCGUGACAAGAAUGUUUUUUGUAUUCAAAAGCUGUAUGGUGAAUAUAACCAGCUUUUAAGCAAUAUUAAUGAGCACAGAAAAGACUUGCAAUUAUUACCUCUCCAGGAACAAUACAAGCUUCCUCAAGAAGUGCUAUGGAGUCACAAGCUUUCAAGUGGUCUUACUGAAACUACUGCUAACGGAAUACAAGAGUCAAGCAUUGACUCAUGUGAAAGUCACUUGGGUUAUGAGCAGUCUGUACCAAACAAUGAGCGUGAAACGCAACCGAAAGUGAAACAGGAUGAGAAGACAAAUCACACCAAGUUUGAGAUGUUGCAAAAAUCGGACAUAAAGCUGAGUAAUAAAGGUUCUAACGAAGUUCAGGCUUCGAAAUUGCAUUGCUGCAGCAAUCAAGAAUCACCAAGUUUUUCUAAUGAGAUCUCUGUGACUGACAAUUUCGCGUCAUUGACGAAGGAGACAAAAUCUGCUAGAACUGAAGAUAAAAAGCGUGACGAUGAUUCCUUCUACAACGAUGAUAAAAACAAAUGUGAACAUGGUAUGCGCAGUCGUAACCCGACUUGUUUCAACAAUGAACAACUGCAAGACUUUUGCGAUCAUACAAGUUUAUCUGGUUGUAGUCUAGAUCAUGUUAGUUCGAAAUCUGCAUCAAAAGUCUUGCAUAACCAGAUAAAACCAGUUAGCUUAGAAUUCAGUCACUCAUUACUCCAUUCAAGUGAAUCCAGCUGA